AUGAUCUGUAUUGAUUCUUUGCAUGUGAGUCUUAAUUGGUUUUUAUUGCUCAUAUUCGGUUUGUGGCCUUAUCAGCAAUCUGUACUUGUUCGGCUUCAAUUAACUAUACUUUUUAGUAUUCUGACAACUUUUAUUGUAUUUCAGUUUACAACAUUUAUAACUUCAAAAUGUACCUUCGAUCUUCUUAUUAAUGUUCUUGCUUCUGUAUUAUUUUACAUUAUAUUUAUAAUUACAUAUGGUUCAUUUAGUAUAAAUAUUGAAGUCGUAAAAGAUUUGUUGGAACAACUACAGCAUAUGUAUAAUGAAUUAUCUGAUGAAAAUGAAAUCAAUAUCAUAAAAAAAUACGGUAGUAACGCAAAACGCUACACAGCUACAUUAUUAAUACUAAGCAUGAGCUUAACAUCUGUUUUCACUUUGUACUCAUUCUGGCCGUUUAUGUUUGAUAUUUUGUUCCCCAUAAAUGAGACACGACCACAUCUAGGAUUGCUGCUUGUAACCGAAUACUUUAUCGAUCAAGAAAAAUACUAUUAUUUAAUUUUGAUACAUAUAAAUGCAGCAACUUUCAUAGGGAUAAUUACAAUGUUAGCGACAGGAACAAUAUUUAUAGUUUAUCAACAGCAUGCAUGUGGAAUGUUCCGAAUUGCCAGUUAUCGUAUCGAACAAGCAAUGGCAAUCGAUACUCUCUAUAAGAACAAUUUAAUAAAAGAAACUCUAAUUUAUAAAGGAUUAAUUUGCGCCGUUGAUAUGCAUCGUAAGGCUAUGAAAUUUUCCGAUUCAUCAGUAUCCGGAUUUAAAGUAAUGUUCUUUCUCAUGAUAGUGGCUGGCGUGAUUUCCACAGCCAUUAAUUUUUUUCGGCUUUUUCAGAUAGUUACAUUUGGAUAUAAUAUUGAGAAGCUUCUGUUCCCUGUGAUAUUUUUAAUUACCAAUGCUUUAUACAUGUUUCUUGGCAGUUAUUUUGGACAAAAAAUUAUGGAUCACAAUAAUGAUGUACUUGUCACUGUAUACAACGUUCGGUGGUAUACAGCUCCCCUACAUAUACAAAAAAUGAUAUUAUUCCUUUUGCAAAGAGGUAGCAAGGUUUUUAAUUUAAAUAUUGCUGGAUUGUUUGUGGGAUCGUUUGAAGGUGCUGCUACAUUGGUGAGUGCAACGCUAUCAUACUUCACUGUCCUUCAUUCUACGCAAAGUAGAUGA